GUUAGUUCCAGGCUAGCCUGGGCUACGCAAGACUCUACCUCAAAAACACAAACGAAACCAAAAUAAAAAAAAUCCUGGGCUGGCAAGAUGGUUCCCUGGGUAAGGUAAACUGAGGCCCUGAGAUGGAUCUGCGACACUCGUGGUGGACGUCGUCCCCUGACCCCCACGCUAACACGGAGGCACGCGUGUAACAUCGUGUGCACGCGCGCACAGCGGCAGUCAGUGAAGGAGACGAGGAGGACAAGAGAAGGGGAGCCGCGAAACGGGGCCCGGCAACAAUCGCCUGGGGGGCCGACGCUCAGGAACCCGAGGCAGGAGGAUUACUAUGAGUUUUCGACAAGCCUAGGAGACAAAAUGUGACUGUGUCUCAAAAAAGAAAACAAAAACCGGCCUCCUUUAACCCCAGCCCUCGGGAGGCGGAGCCAGGAGGAUCACCGUGAGUUCGAGGCCAGCCUGGUCUACAGAGCGAGAUCAGGACAGCCAGGGCUGCACGGAGAAACGUCGUCUCCAAAGCAACAAAACAAAAAGCAACUGAAACCUCUCCAAUCCGACGCCGCGUGGGUUUGCGUCCCCGAGGGAAAUCUUACACCAGGGACGAAUCUCCUUUGUUUCCUCAAUUCUCCCUGCUUCUAACCCGGAAGCAACAGGUGACCCGGAACACCUCAUUGGUGCUUUCAAGCACGUGACACGUCCAAUCAGGAGCCAGAGAGGAGCCCGCUGCGGCCGGUGGACGCUGCCAUGGCAACCCCCCGGCGGGGUCGCACGUGACUUUUUCUUGAUGAUCCAGAAGGAAUGUCCUGUCCCGCGGGAUGGAGCCGCGUGGGUGUGGGCGGACGCAGGGCCGAGGGACCUUUGACCCCCCCUGGCCGGACCCGGCGCUGCUCCGCGGAGCCGACACCGCACUACCCAGGCCUGCCGCGCGCACUGGAUGCAAACCGAGGGACCCCGGUGCGUAUGCUGCGCCCCCGCCCCAGCGGGUCAGCACCCAAGCUCAGCCGUCAUCCCGCCGGCCGCUGAGGCCGGAGGAUCACUCCUUCCAGGCUGGGCUAAGGGGAAAGGGAGCGGAGGGCGAGGCUGAGCGGGGAGGGCGAACGCUCGCCGGAUGGGCGCCAGGCCUGUCGCCAGCCCGGGCUCCCGCGGUUGCCUCCUCUGCCCGGGGCCCGGGACUCCUCCCCGUGGGUCCUCCCCGCCGAGAGCUUAGCUGCCCGCCCGAGGGGCUGAGACAAGGCUGGCACCCGGCCGCGCCUCGGCUCAGGGUCUGGCUUGUGAUCACUGCAUUAGGGGCACUGCUGCUCUUCCAGAGGACCCAGGUUCGACUCCCAGCACGCACGUGGAGGCUCACAACCGCGUGUAACUCCAGGGGACCCAGCUCCCCCUUCUGGCCUCCACGGUCACCGCCGCGCACGUCGUUAGCACUCGACCCGCCCCUGGCCGGCCCAGCGCCCUGACGACGUCAUCUGUCAAGUCCCUUAAGAGAAAACUCCUCCCCUCUGUUCCCAAAGUUCAUCUCCCGCCAUCCCUCUCCCCUUCCUCCUUUAAUAAUAAAACUUUUCAGCCGGGCGGAUCUCUGUGAGUUCGAGGCCAGCCUGGGCUACAGAGCGAGAUCCAGGACAGCCAGGGCUACAGAGAGAAACCCUGUCUUGAAAAACCACACACGCACACACGCAGAGGGUGGAUUAGAAGCCUCAGUGUUCCCCUCUGUAAAUUGAGGUCAGUGGGGCUGGAGAGAUGGCUCAGGGGUUAGAGCACUGGCUGCUGUUCCAGAGGUCCUGAGUUCAAUUCCCAGCACCCACAUGGUGGCUCACAGCCAUCUGUGAUGAGAUCUGGCGCCCUCUUCUGUAUGAAUAAUAAAUUGCCCUUU